UUCUGAAUUUAUAGGAUGGUAGACUGGUUUAGUUUAGCUCCCAAAGUGAAAAUUUUCUUGGUUUUCAUUUCUGGGAAAAAAUAAAAAUAAAAAGUGAGAGACUGAAAGCUACAGCCCACCUAAGUUUAAUCAUUAAUAGUGAACCUUUCUGCGAACUUAGGUCCUGAUUUUGGAGUUUGGAAUCUGACCUUUCCCCCAAAGAUAAACAUUGUUGCAGGUUCUGAGGAGGGUCACUGCCUCGCUGCCAUUGGAAGAGUCCACUUCUCAGUGACUCCUCCCUGGGAACUGGAUGCAUUAGAGGGUAGCUAGUCAGUAUGAUUCUUCUUGUUGUGCUUUUUCUCUGCUUCAUUUCCUCAUAUUCAGCUUCUGUUAAAGGUCACACAACUGGUCUCUCAUUAAAUAAUGAACGACUAUACAAACUCACAUACUCCACUGAAGUUUUUCUUGAUCGGGGCAAAGGAAAACUCCAAGACAGCGUGGGCUACCGAGUUUCAUUCAAUGUGGAUGUCGUCUUACUGUGGAGGAGUCCUGAUGGUGAUGAUGACCAACUGAUCCAAAUUACAAUAAAAGAUGUAAAUGUUGAAAAUGUGAAUCAGCAGAGAGGAGAGAAGAGCAUUUUCAAAGGAAAAAAGCCACCCCAAAUCAUAAGAAAGGAGAACUUGGAAGCUUUACAAAGACCUGUGCUCCUUCAUCUAAUCCAUGGAAAGGUCAAAGAGUUCUACUCAUAUCAAAAUGAACCAAUAGCCAUAGAAAAUCUCAAGAGAGGCCUGGCUAGCCUCUUUCAGAUGCAGUUAAGCUCUGGAACUACCAAUGAGGUAGAUAUCUCUGGGGAUUGUAAAGUCACCUACCAGGCUCAUCAAGACAAAGUGACCAAAAUUAAGGCCUUGGAUUCAUGCAAAAUUGAGAGGUCUGGAUUUACAACCCCAAACCAGGUCCUGGGUGUCACUUUGAAAGCCACAUCUGUCACUACCUAUAAGAUAGAAGACAGCUUUGUUGUAGCUGUGCUUGCAGAAGAGAUACGUGCUUUGCGGCUGAAUUUUCUACAAACCGUUGCAGGCAAAAUAGUAUCAAAGCAGAAGUUGGAGCUGAAGACAACAGAAGCAGGCCCAAGACUGCUGCCUGGGAAGCAGGUUGCGGCCAUCAUUAAAGCAGUCGAUUCAAAGUAUGUGGCCAUUCCCAUCAUGGGCCAGGUCUUCCAGAGCGAGUGCAAAGGAUGCCUUUCUCUCUCGGAGCACUGGCAGUCCAUCAGAACACACCUACAGCCUGACAACCUCUCCAAGGCCGAGGCCGUCAGAAGCUUCCUGACCUUUGUUCAGCACCUCAGGACUGCGAAGAAGGAAGAAAUCCUCCAGAUCCUAAAGGCUGAAAAGAAGGAAGUACUGCCUCAGCUGGUGGAUGCUGUCACCUCUGCUCAGACCCCAGACUCAUUAGAUGCCAUUUUGGACUUUUUGGAUUUCAAAAGUGACAGUAGCAUUAUUCUCCAGGAGAGGUUUCUCUAUGCCUGUGGAUUUGCCUCCCACCCCGAUGAAGAACUCCUCAGGGCCCUCAUUAGUAAGUUCAAAGGUUCCUUUGGAAGCAAUGACAUCAGAGAAACCGUUAUGAUCAUCAUCGGGGCCCUUGUCAGGAAGUUGUGUCAGAACGAAGGCUGCAAACUCAAAGCAGUGGUAGAAGCCAAGAAGUUAAUCUUGGGAGGACUUGAAAAACCAGAGAAAAAGGAGGACACCAUGAUGUACCUACUGGCUCUGAAGAAUGCCCUGUUUCCAGAAGGCAUCCCGCUGCUUCUGAAGUAUGCGGAGGCAGGAGAAGGGCCCGUCAGCCACCUCGCUACCACCACUCUCCAGAGAUAUGGAGCCCCUUUCAUAACUGAUGAGGUGAAGAAGGCUUUGAACAGGAUAUACCACCAGAAUCGUAAAGUUCAUGAAAAGACUGUGCGCACAACCGCAGCUGCUGUCAUUUUAAACAACAAUCCAUCCUACAUGGAAGUAAAAAACAUCCUGCUCUCUAUUGGGGAGCUUCCCAAAGAAAUGAAUAAAUACAUGCUCUCUAUUAUCCAAGACAUCCUACGUUUUGAAAUACCUGCCAGCAAAAUGGUCCGUCGAGUUCUGAAGGAAAUGAUUGCUCAUAAUUAUGACCGUUUCGCCAAGACUGGAUCCUCUUCUGCCUAUACUGGCUACAUAGAACGUAGUCCCCACUCGGCAUCUACCUAUAGCCUGGACAUUCUUUACUCUGGUUCUGGCAUUCUAAGGAGAAGUAACCUCAACAUCUUUCAGUAUCUUGGGGAAGCUGCUGUUCAUGGGAGCCAGGUGGUCAUUGAAGCCCAAGGACUGGAGGCCUUAAUUGCAGCCACUCCCGAUGAAGGGGAGGAGAACCUUGACUCCUAUGCUGGGAUGUCAGCCAUCCUCUUUGAUGUUCAGCUCAGACCUGUCACUUUUUUCAGUGGAUACAGUGACUUGAUGUCCAAAAUGCUGUCAGCAUCUGGUGACCCUGUUAGUGUGGUGAAAGGACUCAUUCUGCUGAUAGAUCAUUCUCAGGAGCUUCAGUUGCAAUCUGGACUUAAAGCCAAUAUGGAGGUCCAGGGUGGUCUAGCCAUUGAUAUUUCAGGUUCAAUGGAGUUUAGUCUGUGGUAUCGUGAGUCUAAAACCCGUGUGAAAAAUCGGGUAGCUGUGGUAAUAUCUGGUGACAUCACAGUGGACUCUGCUUUUGUGAAAGCUGGCCUGGAAAUCAGUGCGGAAACAGAAGCAGGCUUGGAGUUUAUCUCCACAGUGCAGUUUUCUCAGUACCCGUUCCUAGUCUGCCUGCAGAUGGACCGGGAUGCAGCUCCGUACAGGCAAUUUGAGACCAAGUAUGAAAGGCUGUCCACAGGCAGAGGUUAUGUCUCCCGGAAAAGAAAAGAAAGCCUGAUAGCAGGAUCUGAAUUCCCACUGCACCAGGAGAACUCGGAGAUGUGCAAGGCGGUGUUCGCUCCUCCACCAGAGAGCAGUUCCAGUGGUUGGUUUUGAAACUGACGGGUGAGCUCGCGCUGGAAUCCAUCUCCGCGGAAGGGCUGCACUGCCACGCGCUGGAGGACUUGCUCUCUGAGAGCACAGUGUUUACAUAUUUACCUGUAUUUAAGAUUUUUGUAAAAAGCGAUGGAAGAAACCUCACGUGAUUCAAUUUGGGCCUAUUCAGUACCACCUACAGUGUCAUUGUGAGCUGACGUAUGUUUCACCUUUAGUAGCAUUCUUAGUUUUCUUGUAGCUUUCUCAAAUCCCAUUUAGUAUAGUGAAAAUGGUUCUGCCCUGAGAAGUCGUUUGUAAAAAACAAACAAACAAACAAAAAACCAUGAAACAUACACUCAGGAGAGCCUAAUUUUGUUUCAACAAUUUUCAAUCAAUGUAUAUGGAAACCCUUGGUAGAAUCUUACAUGGCUUGUUUCUACCAAAUACAUUGCCCAAUCAGGAAAAAACAGCCUUUUUUUUUUUCUUUUGUGGGAGAGUCAGAGAAAGGAAUAAUGCUUUUAAAGGCUCUGUCAACCAACUUCAAGACUUAAUCUUUAUCUCUUCUGUUGUUAGUUUUGUUAAACAUUGAGGGAGAAGGCACACGGAAUUAACACUUACAAUCUGAUCUUUCUGCUGACCCUAUCGUCAGAUUGCUAGAAGAAAACCAAUCAGUCCUCUGCCUUCUGUCCUUCAAAAAUAUUGGACUUGGCACAUAAGAAUUAGAAAUAAUUUUAAAAAAACCCAAAUUUCUUCUGUAUAGCACAGGGAACUAUAUUCAAUAUCUUGUAAUAACCUUUAAUGAAUAAGAAUAUUAAAACAAAUAUGUGUACGUCUAUGCAGGACUGGGACGUUGUGCUGUACACCAGAAAUGGACACACUGGAACUGACUGUACUUCAAGAAUAAUAAUAAAAAGGCAGCACUUCUCAAACUAUAUAAAAAAAAAAAGAAUUAGAAAUACUAAUUUCAGAAACUCCAUUUGACUUUUUCUUGUGCUGUCUCUUUGAGAUGGUAAUGUGUUUCGCUAUCCUUUAAAAGGGAUAUCCUCACUUAGUCAUCAUUUCAUCUUUCCUUCACUUGUUUUGAGGUUCCAGUCUGUUGGACUACAAUCUACAAAAGCCAGAAUGGCUGAGAGAAUUUAAUGAUGCUUGGAGAAACUGAUGGAUUUGGACUUGUAAAAUGUGAAAUCAAGAAAAGAAUGUAUUUAUAUAAAUUGAAAGAACCACAUUAACCACUUUUAAAUAUUUAUUAGUAAAACAGAUACAUGUGUUGAUAGUGAUAAGCCCAAAACAGAUAACAGGGGCUCACUUGUCCGUAAAACACACACACAUACACACGAUGGAAGUUUAGCUAGCCCAGUGUUGGUUGUAAAUUUAAAAUGAUGUGUCAAGAAAUAAAUAUUUGGAAUUCCUAUUGAA